UUAGAAACUCGACCGGCGGUAGUUGCAAGCUAGUCAACCGUCAGUGGACAUUACAUUGUGCGUGGUCAAGUCGAUACAAGUGCUAAGGAAGUUUGAGUUGAAAUUAAGGAAGAAAAAUGGUUUUACGUGCAUACCCGAUUAUUCUGAUUAUUAUCGGGGCAACGUCUAUCAUAUCGGGAACGACAUGCAACCAGACAGCAGCGAAUGGAGGUUACACCAAUAUCGAACGAAAUUGUGGGUCGUCUAGGGAACGUGGUCCUGUUUAUGUAGAAAAUGAUAAAGAUUACCCCCUGGAUGAACUAGAAAAACUUUUGAAAGCGAAUUCAUCUGUUUAUGAGAAUGUAAUGGGGGAAGACGUCAUUACUGAUGGGCGCAAGGCAGGCCCCGCUAAUGCAGAAUGCUUUUGUGAAAGUAUCGAACGAGUGAUUUUUCCACGAAAAGGACAAGAUCAUCAGGGCGACUGGUAUAAUAUAAUCAAUCAUGGGAAGUUUAGGCAAGGAAUUCGAAUAGAGGAGUGUAUGGAUGUCGGAAAACCUUGCCAUUUGCGGAGUAGCAUCAAGUACCCCACAGAAUGCAGGCAACUAUAUGCAUUUCGAUCUCUUUUAGCAAAAGUCAAAGGAAGAAUUCAAAUGCAACAAUUCGAAAUCCCAAAUGCGUGCAAGUGCUUCAUCAAAGUGAAUAAGGACUAAGUAACUCUAUUAAAUUCUUAAUAAACAAGUUCUCAAUAAC